CUCUCCCUGUCCCAGGGAGGGGAGGAAAGGCCUGGGAUGAGUUGCUGGAGUGGGUUUUCCCCCUGGGUUUCUUAGUCCUUUCUUCACUGCUGUGUGUGAAGCCCCUCAGCUCCCAGGAUACCCCUUGGGUGGCAGCCACUGCCUGCUGCCUGUCCUCCCCAAUCCCCACCCUCCACCCCCACUGUACCAAAUGCUGGUUCUGCCCCCUACUUUGGGUUCAUCCUAUCAGGAGAGAUGGCUGCUGUCAUGAGAUUCUUCCGAUGGGUUAGGCGGGCUUGGCAAAAGAUUACUUGCUGGGUUUUCUUCUGGAAACCAAAAGUUAGGCAACCCAUCUUGGAAUACUGUGGCUCCAAGAAACAUACAUUGAAGGUGGUGGAGAAGACUCCCAAGGCAGUUGAGACUUUCAAGUUUGUCGAGUCCUGCAGAGAGGAUAAGCUCCCCAGGAUGGAUGCGUCCCCUGGGCUAGCUGAGCCCUGUGUGUUGGCCAAGGCAAGAGACGGGACCAAGAUGGAGCUGGGUGGUGAGGGCCGAUCCCUGCUGCGGCUGCCCCGGACGGCUGUUCAGUCCGUUUCCACGCUCAUGGUCUCCGCCCUACAGACCGGCUGGCAAAUGUGCAGCUGGAAGUCAUCUGUGAGCUCUGCGUCCAUUACCUCCCAAAUGAUGACCCAGUCCCCGUUGCAGACACCAGAGGCUGAGUUGCUGCGGGAAGUGUACCUGGUGCUGUGGGCCAUUCGGAAACAGCUACGACAGCUGUCCCGCAGGCAGGAGAGGCGCAGACAGUGCCACAUCCGGACCCACACUGCCCCCAAAUCUCACCCAGUUCAGUGCCUGAAACAGGAUGCCCAAAGUCCCCUCUAGGGGGGAAUCCCAGAUCCUCCGAAAGCCCCCACCUUACUCUUAGGUAAGGUUGCUAGGGGGUCAGGGCAGCAGGCCAGAAGUUGUGAGUGAGGAGAUGUUUUCAUACUGUCACCUUUCAUUGGGAGCCCAAGGCCAGGCCUGGGGUCCCACAUACUCCCCUUUAUUCUGUUUAUUAAAUUUGUAAAAAUUUAUCAAAAUAUUGGGAAAUAAAUAUCAGAUAUUUCUGAGUA